CGAGUACUGGGAGUGGGUGCGGACAUAUUCCUCGCCCGAGUACCUGGCCAUUCCCGCGCUCAAGGAGGCCAUGUUUGACAAGCUGGCAGCGGGCGAGGACAAGGCCCGGCUGCAGCGCCUGUACCGCCGAGCCAUGCGGCUGGAGGCGUCCUUCUUCUCCGCGCAGCCGCACCCCCCGCCGCCCCGCCGCCCCGCCGCCCUGCUGACCGACUUCGACGGCACGUGCAGCCCCGCGGGGGCGGACAGCAGCGGGGCGAUCCUGGCGCUGGCGGAGCAGGCGGCGGGCGGCGGCAGACCCACGGCCGGGGACGCAGCCUGGGCCGCCCGCACGCGCGCCGCCCUGGCUGCGGGCUACCAGCGGCAGUACGAGCAGCUGGUGGGGCCGCUGGUGGGGCCGGCUGAGGGCCCCGCCCCGCAGUCCGACCCCGCGGGUGUGGCCGCCCUGCUGGAGCGGCUGUCGGAGUUCGAUGAGGAGAUGAACCGCCGCGUGGAGGAGGCGGGCAUACUCAAAGGCUCCACCCCCGAGGAGGUGUGUGCUGCCGGGUCGGCCGUGCCGCUGCGGCCGCACUGCCGGGAGGCGCUGAGGGCGGCACUGGACCGGGGCAUUCCCGUGCACGUGGUGUCGGUCAACUGGUCGGACCUGCUGCUGCGGGCGGCGCUGCGACUGCCGGCCAGGAGGGGGG